ACGUUCCAGCGAUAAUAUCCAGCAGAGCAGCAGGCAACACAUCUCCCCUAGAAGCAUCAGUCUCACCGAGUUCCAGGUCUUCCUUCCCCACCGUCUCCACCACCACGUUGCUCCGUAGACUUUUCUCCCGAGUCAUCUGCUGGUCCAGCAUGGGGAAAAGGAGCCGACAGAGGCAGAAAAACCAGAAUGCUGGCAGAGACGACAGAGACAACGCUGGCUGGGGAGCAGGCUAUGCUGAGAUCAUCAAGGAGAACAAGCUGUUUGAGCUCUACUACAAGGAGCAAGGCCUGGUCCCCGAGGGAGAGUUUGAGCAGUUCAUGGAGGCCAUGAGGGAGCCGCUGCCUGCAACCAUCCGCAUCACUGGAUAUAAGAGCCACGCUAAGGAGAUCCUCCACUGUCUGAAGGACAAAUACUUCAAGGAUAUUCAGGAGCUGGAAAUCGACGGCCAGAAGAUUGAAGCUCCACAGCCUCUCAGCUGGUAUCCCGACGAGCAGGCCUGGCACACCAACAUGAGCAGGAAGAUCAUUAGGAAGUCUCCCCUGCUGGAGAAGUUUCAUCAGUUCCUGGUCAGCGAGACCGAGUCUGGCAACAUCAGCAGACAGGAAGCUGUCAGCAUGAUCCCUCCUCUGCUCCUGAAGAUUGAGUCUCAUCACAAGAUCCUAGACAUGUGCGCAGCUCCGGGCUCAAAGACGGCUCAGCUGAUCGAGAUGCUUCACUCUGACAUGGACGUGCCGUUUCCAGAGGGCUUUGUGAUCGCCAACGACGUGGACAACAAGCGCUGCUACCUGCUCGUGCACCAGGCCAAGCGGCUCAACAGUCCCUGCAUUAUGGUGGUGAACCACGACGCCUCCUGCAUCCCCACGCUGCAGAUGGACUCUGGCGGCAGGAAGGACAUCCUGCUCUACGACAGAGUGCUGUGCGACGUUCCCUGCAGUGGAGACGGGACCAUGAGGAAGAACAUAGACGUGUGGAAGAAGUGGACGACCAGCAACAGCCUGCACCUCCACGGGCUGCAGCUGCGUAUCGCAGUGCGUGGAGUUGAACAGCUGGCUGUAGGGGGGAGGAUGGUGUACUCCACCUGUUCACUCAACCCUAUAGAGGACGAAGCCGUCAUAGCGGCGCUGCUGGAGAAGAGUGAAGGAGCUCUGGAGCUGGAAGACGCGUCCGCCGACCUGCCAGGACUGAAGUGGAUGCCCGGGGUCACUUCCUGGAAGCUGAUGACCAAAGAAGGCCAGUGGUUCUCUGAUUGGUCCGAGGUUCCGAGCAGCCGUCACACUCAGAUCCGGCCCACCAUGUUUCCGCCUAAAGACCCGGAGAAGUUGGCCAGCAUGCACCUGGAGAGAUGUAUGAGGAUUCUGCCUCAUCACCAGAACACCGGAGGCUUCUUUGUGGCUGUGCUGGUGAAGAAAGCCCCCAUGCCCUGGAACAAAAGAUAUCCCAAGCUGAGGAAGAGCGCUGCGGCCCAAACCGGAGGCGCACCGGCAGCCCCCUCCCCUGCAGACGCCCCCCGUCUCCUGCCAGAGGGCUCGCUGGAGGAGGAGGAGAUGGAGGAAGGAGGCCCAGGAGGAAAGGUGGACGGGGAGGCUGAAGCAGCAGACGCUCCUUUGGCCCAGGAGGCUGCUGGUAAACAAGAGGCCGUGUGUGGACCUCCGCCCUCCAAGAAGCUGAGGCUGUUUGGCUAUAAAGAAGACCCCUUUGUGUUCCUGACCGAGGACGACCCGGUCUUCACCACCAUACAGUCGUUCUAUGACCUGUCCCCCGACUUCCCCAAGCUCAACGUUCUCACCCGGACGCACGAGGGCAAGAAGAGGCACCUGUACAUGGUGUCCAAGGAGCUGCGCAACGUGCUGCUCAACAACAGCGAGCGCAUGAAGGUCAUUAACACCGGGGUCAAGGUGUGGUCUCGCAACAGUGAUGGAGAGGAGUUUGGAUGUGCCUUCAGGCUGGCCCAGGAGGGUAUCUACACUCUCCAGCCGUAUAUCCGCUCCAGGAUAAUCAAAGUGAGCAUGGAGGACAUCAAAGUGCUGCUGACACAGGAGAACCCCUUCCUCAGCAAGCUGGAAGCCGACGCUCACGCUCAGGCCAAGCAGCUGGGUAUGGGCAGCAUAGUGUUGAAGUACAUCCCAAACCCAAACAACCCCUCUGAGCCUCAGUGUCCCAUCCAGCUGUGUGGCUGGAGAGGGAAGACGUCCAUUCGAGCGUUCGUCCCCCGUAACGAGCGCUUCCAUUACCUGCGCAUGUUGGGCGUGGAGGUGUUCAGGGACAAGCAGGGCCAGGGGCAGAAAAAGAGGGACGGCGCCAAGGAAGAGAAGGAGGGCCAGGCGGAGGAGGAGGCGGAGGAGGCGGCAGCGGGGGACGAGGCCGAGCGGGAGAACGGAGACGAAAACGGAUCACUGGAACCAAAGACGGAGAGCGAGAAGAAGGAGAGCAGCAGCUGAAAGGGUUGAAGGGAGGACAGCAGACUGACUGGAGCUGUGGGCGCUGAGCUCCGGGUCCAAAACCACGUGACGUGCCACUGGUCACCACACGACCAGCUUCUUCUCAGUUAUGGACUCCCUAUGGAGAUUUAGUUUUCGCUCCCCCUUUAAGAUGGCUAUUUUUUAGGUAAAUGACUUGUAUUAUUUUUAAUAUGGUUUUUUUGUUGAUGUGUUACCCAACAUAAUCCUCUGGUAGAGUGGUAUCUCUUUUCAUUUAUUAAAUUCUAAAUACCCGCCACCUAAUGAAAUCAGAAGUUCAGUUAAUUAAAAAUGUUGACAUUUAGGUUCGUCGUGACGCGGAUGGUCGCGUGGCGUGAUUAUGGAGCACGUCAGGGACGGUAAAACCUGCCAAAGAUGAUGUGAACCUGAGGAGCUGAAGCUGUGGCGCUACUGUCUUCAUGCUCUUAUUUUUUUUAACUUUAAAACGUUUAUUUUAUCAGCCUAAUAAAGGUGAAUUUACCGCUUU